AGUGUAUUGUUUCUUUACCACUUUAAGGACAUGAUAACCAUCGUGCUCGAUGUCGUAUGGCAGAUCCUGUACACAUCUCCUCGGAAUAUUGGCUUGAAACUGCAAAGGGUUUUUUAUACCCUGUAGAGAUGAGCACAGAUAAGGAUGAACUGCUUUGCAAGCCACAGGACAAUGGAAAAGCUACUAUUGCUGGAGAUGAGAACAAACUAUCUGAGCAAAGAUCUGGUCCGGAAAAACAGGUUUCCACUAGUCCUGGCAUUACAACCCUUACAGAUAAUACUAAACAAUUUAAGCUAAGUAGUAGCCAGGCACAAGCAACCCAAGAAAGCCCUGGGAUGUCACAGCCAAAGGCAAGAAAGACUACUGGUCCUUCUGUUACAAUGGAAGAGAAACGGAAAAAAGGUAUUUUUGGUAUACAGUUUUCUAAAAGCAAAAAGGAAAAAUGCACUCCUCAUGACAAAAUGUCUUCAACAAGUUCAAGCACUAGCUGCAAAGGGAAUCCUGUGUUAACUGUCAAAGAAGAUAGUGCACAUUGUACAAAGAUAACACAGACAGAGGUCUCAAAAACGUCUAGACCCCAUCAAGAUAAUUACUACAAGAGUAAAGGAAAACUGCCUGCCUCAGCCAUCUCUUCCCCAGUGGAAUCUUCUGUAGACCACGAGGAGGACAUGUACCGUGAUGCAGAAGAAAUAGAGAGAGAAAAAAUAUUACUUGUAUGUGGGACAGGCUCCUCAGAUUUUCCAGAAAAUAGGCUAAGUGUUGAACCAGAGGUAGGCAUCAUGGAUUACUGCCAAGAAGAGUGGAGAGGAAACACUUCCCAUGCCAAAUGUAUAAGAAAGGGCUAUGAAGCAGUUUCACAGAAAUUUAUUUCGAUAAGAAGAGUGCGAGGAGAUAACUAUUGUGCCAUCAGAGCAACAUUGUUUCAAGCACUUAGCCAAGCUACUCGGCUUCCUGGCUGGCUCCAGAGGGAGGACAUGAUAUUGCUACCAGAGAAACUGAUGGACAAAUAUGGCUGGAUCACGCAGUGGCAACUCAGGCAAAAAUGGACCAGUAAAGUGGAAAACUUGGUGGAUGAAAUUAAAAAAUGUUUAAUGCUACUAAAGAGCAAGUGGAAACAUAUGAGCGAAAUGAAGAUGCUCACAGAGAAGCAAGCAGCUUGCGAUGAGCUUUUUAGAAGUGAAGAGGAUGAAUACAAACUGUAUGAAGCUGUGAAAUUCCUCAUGCUAAAUACUGCUAUCGAGUUGUAUGAAGACAAUGAGAAGGGAAAGGAGGUCCCCAUGUUCUCUUGGCUUCUGUUUGCCCGGGAUACAUCCAGCAAUCCUUCCCAGCUAAUGAAAAACCACUUGAAUCAACUCGGUCUCACAGGAGGCCUUGAACAAGUGGAAAUGUUUCUCCUGGCUUAUGCUUUGCAGCAUACCAUCCAGGUUUAUCGAAUGUAUAAGUAUAACACAGAUGAAUUCGUCACCCUUUACCCCAAUGACCCAGAAGAGGCCUGGCCAGUUGUAACCCUUAUAACUGAAGAUGACCGACAUUAUAAUGUUCUUGCUCGAAUGUGUCAAGAGACUAGUUUGUAAAAAAGAAAAUAAAUAUUUUUUUAAACCCCCCAGGUGUACACAUUGAAUAAAAAACUUCAA